AUGGACAAGUUUUGGGAUACUCCAAUACCAGACGAUCUUGUGUUUGUUAACGCACCCAAUUGUCGCACUCGGAGGGAGGCAUCCACUAGCUAUCCGCUGUCCUCUACCAUCAAUGAAAAGCAACCACUCCAUAAUCAAGGCGGCGAGACGAUAAUUUAUGAACACCGUGAUCCCUUUUCUCUGAGCGACAUUGUCGACCGCCAAGUCACCAUCCAGAGAAAUGGCUUGAUUCGGAAAUCCGUGAGGAGCGGCAAAUGUGACCUAGAGGCGGAGAAGCGCCGCCUAGAGCUAAUUGGAGGUAGAACAACCAUCCCUGUGCCCCAAGCCGUACAAUGUUCUUCCUCAGGAGAAUUUGAGCAUUUAGUUAUGGAACGGCUCCCAGGAAAAACGUUAGAGAGUGUCUGGGGCCAUUUAUCAACCAAGGAGAGAGAGUCCAUCGCCGAUCAGGUGGCGGACUUUGUUACCCAGCUUCACCAAUUGAAGAAUGACACCAUCGAUGCUCAGGUUUUCGUACGACAAGAACUCUCAUCUGGAUUGAAUAACUCCACAAGCUUUAGUUUACAAAGGAUAAAAAACUAUUCAGGGAUGGAGGUCAUCACACGUUUCGUUCGGGAUAGGAGCCAGAUGCUCGAUGACCAACAGAACGUUUUCACCCAUGGCGACCUCGACUGGAGCAAUAUACUAAUUGCCGAUAAAAACGUCUGCGGAAUUAUUGAUCUAGAGUGCAGUGGCUUUUUGCCACCGUACUGCGAAUGGAUUGCCGUCAAGAGGCUAUCAGACCGCCAUCCAUGGUUUGGACUUUUGGAGCCACGACUCAAAUCCGCCAAAUGGGACUUGAUGUGGGAGGUUGAAGAGCUGAUCUCUGCCCUGUCUAACCACUCGCAAUGGGCUUUGGUACCGAUUGAUCGAGCUACCAAUCAAACCGAGGGGUGGGCGCAUGUUCCCAAGAUAGUUGUCGCUUGCGUUGGAGAUGGGCCUCUGGUCACUUAUGAACUUCGAUCAAAGCACCCCUUGUGGCAAGAGUACAAGGCAAACAAGGACAAAGAGGGGGAUGGGAUUAUAGUUGAACAGCUAAAAGAGACAGAAGCACCGCGAAACUCCGAUCACGGGUCGUAG